AUUGGUCCGAACAAUGAUUUGGGGGCAGGCUGAAGUGAAGAAGGUGAAAAUUCUUAAGCAAUCUCACGAGAAAAUGUGUGAUUUUCCUGAUUAUUGUUUACAUUGCAAAAACAUGAGAACAGAACCGAAUUGAUCCAGUUUCAACUGAAACGGAUUGCAAAAGCACAACUUCCGAAACGGGAUUGGUUUUAUUGCCCUGCAGCAUUUGGACUCGAACUUUGUUUAUGAUCGACCUGGAAAAAGCCAGGACCCGAAAUCUAUCUCACCACCGGGGGAGAAAAGAAAGGGUAAGGGGGGUAACUAUAUACCACUGACUUAAAUGCAUCAUUAAUACCUGGUGGAAAAGACGCAGAAUCUUGGGGGUCGCCAUUGUGUGGAAGGACGAGAUACAUUGAAGUCACCACGGAAUGGUCCUUAGAAAGAGGGAGAUGUGAUGGGGAUCCCCGUCUAAGGAAAGAACGGAAAGGCGGGUUUGGGAUACCCGGAGCUGUCGCUUAAGGCCUCCGUGGGAACCCUCCGCGUAGUCUCUUCGAACUACGCCGCACGUAAGUGCGUCUUCGACUGGAACAAUCGGCAACGCGAGGGUCGAGGCUGUAGUUACGGCCUUAGCCUGGGAGGGUCUGCCAAGCGCUGGUCAGACAACGGGGACGGUUAUUUGGAUGAUCAGGAGCCCCUUAGGAGGACGGAGAGAUAUUUUAAAAAUAGCACCAUGAUGGAAGAACUGCACAGCCUGGACCCCCGACGGCAGGAGCUGCUGGAGGCUCGCUUCACCGGAAUUGGUGUGGCUAAGGGUUCAGGUCAGAAUCAAAAUGAGUCAUCCAAUCAGAGUCUAUGCAGCGUGGGCUCACUGAGUGACAAGGAGCUAGAGACACCUGAAAAGAAAGCGAAUGACCAGAGGGUGAGGAAACGGAAAGCAGAUCACUUUGACAGCAGCCAAGGCAAAGCAGGGGGAAGGGGUCAUAAAAUUAGUGAUUAUUUUGAGGUGCAACAAGGAAGUCCCUCCUCCAUCAGUUCAGCCAACACAGAGCACUCAUCGUGUUCACUGAAGCCAACUUCUCUAUACAUGCUCCACAAAGCGACACAGUCGGAUCUCACCAUAGAAAAACUAACGGCAAUGGAGAACAAUAAAAACUCUGACCUGGAGAAGAAGGAGGGCCGCAUUGAUGAUUUACUUCGGGCUAACUGUGAUCUAAGGAGACAGAUAGAUGAACAGCAGAGGAUGCUGGAGCGAUACAAGGAACGGCUAAACAAGUGUGUGACCAUGUCUAAGAAGCUGCUGAUUGAAAAAUCCAAACAAGAGAAGAUGGCAUGUCGGGACAAAAGCAUGCAGGACAGACUGCGGUUGGGCCACUUCACCACAGUGAGACAUGGAGCGUCCUUCACUGAGCAGUGGACAGAUGGAUAUGCCUUCCAAAACUUAAUCAAGCAACAGGAAAGGAUCAACUCCCAGCGAGAGGACAUUGAACGGCAGAGGAAGUUAUUGGCCAAGCGUAAGCCGCCCUCUAUGGCCCAGACUCCACCCCCGAGCCUGGAGCAAAACAAACGUAAAAGCAAGACCAAUGGAACAGAAAGUGAAGCAUUAUCACAGGCGGAGUACCACGAGCAGGAGGAAAUCUUCAAGCUAAGACUAGGUCAUCUUAAGAAGGAGGAGGCGGAAAUCCAGGCAGAGCUGGAGAGGUUGGAGCGAGUGCGAAAUCUACACAUCCGUGAACUGAAAAGGAUCCAUAAUGAGGAUAAUUCCCAAUUCAAAGAUCACCCUACGCUAAAUGACCGAUAUCUACUUCUCCAUUUACUGGGACGAGGAGGUUUCAGUGAAGUUUAUAAGGCCUUCGACCUCACGGAGCAGAGGUAUGUUGCAGUCAAAAUCCACCAGUUAAACAAGAACUGGAGGGACGAGAAGAAAGAAAACUAUCACAAGCAUGCAUGUCGAGAAUAUAGAAUCCAUAAAGAGCUGGACCACCCAAGAAUAGUUAAACUCUACGACUACUUUUCACUUGAUACCGACUCGUUCUGCACCGUCUUGGAAUACUGCGAGGGAAAUGACCUGGACUUUUACCUGAAACAGCACAAGCUCAUGUCGGAGAAGGAGGGACGUUCCAUUAUCAUGCAGAUAGUCAACGCCCUCAAGUACCUCAACGAGAUCAGACCACCCAUCAUUCACUAUGACCUUAAACCCGGCAACAUCCUCCUGGUGAACGGCACAGCAUGUGGGGAGAUCAAGAUCACAGAUUUCGGCCUGUCGAAAAUCAUGGAUGACGACAGCUACAACUCGGUGGACGGGAUGGAACUGACAUCGCAGGGAGCAGGGACGUACUGGUAUCUUCCACCCGAGUGCUUUGUGGUCGGGAAAGAACCUCCCAAGAUCUCCAACAAGGUGGAUGUGUGGUCUGUCGGGGUCAUUUUCUACCAGUGUUUGUACGGCCGAAAGCCCUUUGGUCAUAACCAGUCCCAGCAGGACAUCCUGCAGGAAAACACCAUACUAAAAGCCACAGAUGUGCAGUUUCCUCCUAAACCUGUAGUCACACCUGAAGCUAAGGCCUUUAUAAGGCGCUGUUUAGUCUAUCGGAAGGAGGACCGCAUCGACGUGCAUCAGUUGGCCAGCGAUCCUUUUCUUAUGCCACACAUCCGCAAGUCAGUGGCCUCCUCUGGCACCUCGGGCAUGGCUGUGGCGUCUACAUCCAGCUCCUCCAACAGCAGCGCCUCGAAUUGAACUGAAUGACUGAACCGUUUGAAAGAGUUGGACGGGCGGGUGCUACACCACGACCCAAGCAGCAUCCCACCUUCCCAGGAAGUGUCCAAAAGGAGAGGUCAGAUGACAGCAGGGUGUUGCGUGAGAAGUCGUGUCACUCUUCAUCAAGCUCAUCUUCACCCACCCCUACCUUCCUGUCCUCCUUUUGCCAAAAGGGGUGGCACCGUUCUGGGGGUCAAAGCCCUGGACGACUCACACCGUGAGGGGCAAGGAUUGGCACUAUGUUGGUUAGAAGUGGGGUUCAGUGUUUUGGAUUUUUCUUUUCUGCUUAAAAAAGAGGGGGGGAAAAAAGUAUAGAACUGCUUCAGCUCAGCCACAUGGAAAGGUCUGGGGAAGACCUCGCAUCCAUACGCUCUCAAAACACACACACACACACACACACACACACCUACCUGCAUGAGCCAUGCUGGACAGAGGCCGUCUGAACUCCCCAGGUGCAAUUUAAUUGUUCGAGCUCAUCUUCUUGAAUCUAACUGCAAGAACCAGUCUGACCCCGUUGUUAUCAUGAACUCUAAAUAUAUAUGGCUGUCUCAUCCAGCUCACAGUUUCCAGGGUCCUGCGGCCCUAUGUUCAGUUCCAGGCCCAGAUAGUUUUUUUUUUGAUGAGGAGCGACCGAAGCUGUUGUGUUCUCUUCAGCCCUCCUCCCAUUUCCCCGUUAAACUCCUGUGACCAAAGCUUUUAACUUCCAGCUGGUGGCAGUGUUCCACCUCAGUUUUUAUAAGGAAUGGUUUUAGAAGCGUGUUAACCUGAAAUGAAGUGGAAGAUGGCGGGGAUCACCCCUCUCCCCCCACUUACAUUUGACAUUUCAAAUUAACCAGUUUUACUGAGAAAACUGAUGUUUUUCAAGUUGCCUUUAAUUAGAAGUCUGAUUAUGAUUGUCAACCCCUUACCACGAACAUAUUUAUUUAGGUAUGUUUUGAAUUUAUUUUGGCCAAUAAAAUGCAAGGGACUGGUUUACCUACCUAAUAUUACUGGGGGGAGGGAUCGGGCCUUAGCAGACAGUUGCAUAAACCAUUAAAUACUAUUGUUUAAAAUGUG